AUGCAGACUGCCCAGAGCUCCUGCCCUGGAAGCCCCCCAGAUACUGGCGAUGGAUGGGAGCCAGUGCUAUGCCGGGGAGAGAUCAACUUCGGAGGGUCCGGGAAGAAGCGAGGCAAGUUUGUGAAGGUGCCAAGCAGCGUGGCCCCCUCUAUGCUCUUUGAGCUCCUGCUCACCGAGUGGCACCUGCCAGCCCCCAACCUAGUGGUGUCUCUGGUGGGCGAGGAGCGGCCUUUUGCUAUGAAGUCCUGGCUUCGGGACAUCCUGCGCAAGGGGCUGGUGAAAGCAGCUCAGAGCACAGGUGCUUGGAUCCUGACCAGCGCCCUCCGUGUAGGCCUAGCCCGUCAUGUUGGGCAGGCUGUACGUGAUCACUCUCUGGCUAGCACAUCCACCAAAGUUCGCGUAGUGGCCAUCGGAAUGGCCUCUCUGGACCCAUGGCGUGCACAGCAAGGCCCAGCCAAAGCUGCUCCUAAGGUCUCCACCUCUCCAUGUCUUCCCAAACGCUUGGCACAGGAAGAUACUCCCAUCCACUACCCUGAAGAUGAGGGCAGCAUCCAGGGACCUCUCUGCCCCCUGGACAGCAAUCUCUCCCACUUCAUCCUGGUGGAGCCUGGUGGCCUCGGGAGUGGGAACGGACUGGCAGAGCUACGGCUGAGCCUGGAGAAGCACAUCUCUCAGCAGAGGACAGGUUAUGGGGGCACCAGCAGCAUCCAGAUACCUGUCCUUUGCCUACUGGUCAACGGUGACCCCAGAACCCUGGAGAGGAUUUCCAGGGCAGUGGAGCAGGCUGCCCCGUGGCUGAUCCUGGCGGGUUCUGGGGGCAUCGCUGAUGUACUUGCCGCUCUGGUGAGCCAGCCUCAUCUCCUGGUGCCUCAGGUCACUGAAAAGCAGUUCAGAGAGAAAUUCCCCGGCGAGUGUUUCUCUUGGGAAGCCAUUGUGCACUGGACGGAGCUGCUACAGAACAUCGCUGCACACCCCCACCUUCUCACUGUGUAUGACUUCGAGCAGGAGGGUUCUGAGGACCUGGACACUGUCAUCCUCAAGGCACUUGUGAAAGCCUGCAAGAGCCACAGCCAGGAGGCCCAAGACUACCUAGACGAGCUCAAGUUGGCUGUGGCCUGGGACCGCGUGGACAUUGCCAAGAGCGAGAUCUUCAAUGGCGACGUGGAAUGGAAGUCCUGCGACCUGGAAGAGGUGAUGACGGAUGCCCUAGUGAGCAACAAGCCUGACUUCGUGCGCCUCUUUGUGGACAGCGGUGCUGACAUGGCCGAGUUCUUAACCUAUGGGCGGCUGCAGCAACUUUACCACUCGGUAUCCCCCAAGAGCCUCCUCUUUGAACUGCUACAGCGUAAGCAUGAGGAGGGCCGACUGACGCUGGCUGGCUUGGGUGCUCAGCAGGCCCGGGAGCUGCCCAUUGGACUACCUGCUUUCUCACUCCACGAGGUCUCCCGUGUACUCAAGGAUUUCCUGCACGAUGCCUGCCGUGGUUUCUACCAAGACGGGCGCAGGGCGGAGGAGAGAGGGCCGCCCAAGCGACCGACAGGCCAGAAGUGGCUGCCAGACCUCAAUCGGAAGAGUGAGGACCCUUGGAGGGACCUGUUCCUCUGGGCUGUGCUGCAGAACCGUUAUGAGAUGGCCACAUACUUCUGGGCCAUGGGCCAGGAGGGUGUGGCUGCUGCUCUGGCUGCCUGCAAGAUCAUAAAGGAAAUGUCCCACCUGGAGAAGGAAGCAGAGGUGGCCCGCACCAUGCGUGAGGCCAAGUAUGAGCAGCUGGCCCUGGAUCUUUUCUCAGAGUGCUACAGCAACAGCGAGGACCGCGCCUUCGCCCUGCUGGUACGCAGGAACCACAGCUGGAGCCGGACCACUUGCUUGCACCUGGCCACUGAAGCCGAUGCCAAGGCCUUCUUUGCCCAUGAUGGUGUGCAAGCAUUCCUGACCAAGAUCUGGUGGGGAGACAUGGCCACAGGCACGCCCAUCCUACGGCUGCUGGGUGCCUUCACCUGCCCAGCCCUCAUCUAUACCAACCUCAUCACCUUCAGUGAGGAUGUACCACAGAGGAUAGGCCCGGAAGAGCUGCAGGAGCCAGACAGCUUGGAUAUGGAAAAGAGCUUCCUGUGCAGCCAGGGUGGCCAAUUGGAGAAGCUGACAGAGACACCAAGGGCUCCAGGUGAACUGGGCCCACAAGCUGCCUUCCUGCUCACACGGUGGCGGAAGUUCUGGGGAGCACCUGUGACUGUGUUCCUGGGGAACGUGGUCAUGUACUUUGCAUUCCUCUUCCUCUUCACCUAUGUCCUGCUGGUGGACUUUCGGCCACCUCCCCAGGGGCCAUCUGGGUCUGAGGUCACCCUCUAUUUCUGGGUGUUCACACUGGUGCUGGAGGAAAUCCGACAGGGCUUCUUUACAGACGAGGACACACGCCUGGUGAAGAAGUUUACUCUGUAUGUGGAGGACAACUGGAACAAGUGUGAUAUGGUGGCCAUCUUCCUGUUCAUUGUCGGUGUCACCUGUAGGAUGCUGCCCUCGGUGUUCGAGGCUGGCCGCACUGUUCUGGCCAUCGACUUCAUGGUGUUCACACUUCGGCUCAUCCACAUCUUUGCCAUUCACAAGCAGCUGGGUCCCAAGAUCAUCAUUGUAGAGCGGAUGAUGAAGGAUGUCUUCUUCUUCCUCUUUUUCCUGAGCGUGUGGCUUGUGGCCUAUGGUGUGACCACUCAGGCCCUACUGCACCCCCACGACAGCCGUCUGGAGUGGAUUUUCCGCCGAGUGCUCUACCGGCCUUAUCUGCAGAUCUUUGGGCAAAUCCCUCUGGACGAGAUUGAUGAGGCCCGUGUGAACUGUUCGCUUCAUCCUCUACUGCUGGAAAGCUCGGCUUCCUGCCCCAAUCUCUAUGCCAACUGGGUGGUCAUUCUCCUUCUGGUCACCUUCCUGCUGGUCACUAAUGUGCUACUUAUGAACCUGCUGAUCGCCAUGUUCAGCUACACAUUCCAAGUGGUCCAGGGCAAUGCCGACAUGUUCUGGAAGUUUCAACGCUAUCACCUCAUUGUUGAAUACCACGGGCGACCAGCUCUGGCCCCGCCCUUCAUCCUGCUCAGCCACCUGAGUCUGGUGCUCAAGAGGGUCUUCAGGAAAGAAGCCCAGCACAAGCGUCAACAUCUAGAGAGAGAUUUGCCUGCCCCCUUGGACCAGAAGAUCAUUACCUGGGAAACAGUUCAGAAGGAGAACUUCCUGAGCACCAUGGAGAAACGGAGGAGGGACAGCGAGGGAGAGGUGCUGAGGAAAACGGCACACAGAGUGGACUUGAUUGCCAAAUACGUCGGGGGGCUGAGAGAGCAAGAAAAGAGGAUCAAGUGUCUGGAAUCACAGGCCAACUACUGUACGCUUCUCCUGUCCUCCAUGGCUGACACAGUGGCUCCAGGCAGCACCUACUUAAGCUCUCAGAACUGUGGUCGCAGGAGUCAGCCAGUCUCUGCCAGAGACAGGGAGUACCCAGAGGCUGGCUUGCCACCCUCAGACACCUGACAUGGAGGGACCACCUGUCCUAGAGCCCCAGACCUUGCCAUCUUGGGGUCUACCAACCUUCCCCUACUCUCAGCAACUCCCAGAAAUGGUCUUCUAGGCCUUGUCACACACCACUUCUUGGACAUUCCUUCCUAUGAAAAUGAAAUUGAUGUCUCUUGGCACCUAUCUGGGAGCCCCAGCAGGAGGAAGUUCUUUCAGUCCUACCUAGAGCACUCACUGGCUUGAACUGGACAUCAGGAACCAAGUCCCACACAGGACACCAUCUGCCUAGGCUGAACUAAAGUGGGUCUAGGUCCCCAUCUUUACCCUGAGUU